AUGCCUUUCACCGGCGUCAUCCUCGGCCAGCCCGAGAUCACCACCAUCGUAUUUGGCUACCAGGCUGGCCUGUAUGAAGACAUGCGCGACACCUUUGCUGUUUGUGAGGAGCUUGUCGCGUUCAACGGCUGCGAAUACGAGACCGACGCGUCGUUGUACAGGACAUUUGGCGCCAAGCGGCCGUCGUUCGUGGAACGGUCCCAAGCACAGCUGCCGCUGCACUUGGCCGUUGCCGGCGGCUGCAUGUACCUUGCCAAGCGCAUGCUGCAUUGCCGCCCAGACCUCGCCUCGGAAGACGCGAUUCUCGUGGCCUUUGGGAAGAGCCAAUUCGAGAUGGUUAUCGUCCUCUUGGAUCUGCGAGGAGGGACCGUGCCCGAGCUGUGGAAGAUCGUCCAGUACACCCUUCCCGAGUUUGCCCACAUGUGGCGCUUCCCGGUGGGCCUUUUGGCCACCUUCUUUGCGAGACAGGAUGCCAAGGGCCUCAUCGCGCGCUCAUUGGCCGAUGCUACCUAA